CUCCUGCGUCGCCGUCUUCCUUCUGUUUGCGGAGCUUCCUCCGCUUCGCCGAUUCUCUCUUUACUCUGGUGACCUCUCAUGGCAAACUCAGAAGAAGACAAUCCACUUCCAUUUCCCCCAAUCCCUAAAAAUGGCUACGAUACACAGAAUUUUUCCAAUGAAGACGAUGAAGAAGAUGACUCUGAGGAAGUCGAGGAUGAUGAAGAAAACGAAGAACAGGAUCUUCCUGCUCGAGUCCAUGAUGUUCUAAUAAGGGGGAAUACGAAAACCAAGGAUUGGGUGAUCGAGGUCGAGGUGGAGGGGAUAAAGAACGCCACAACUAUGCGAGAGCUGGUGGAAGCGGCAAAAAUUGCCAAUGUGAAACUUCAUGGCCUCCAGAUUUUUGAUGCGGUCAAUAUUAAGCUUGAACCAGGACCGCCAGAGUUGGCUGGUACUGCCAAUGUCAUCAUUGAGGUCUCAGAGAGCGAUAGCAAACCUUCUGGGGAAGUUGGCGUUUAUUCAAAACCCUCGUCUAGUUCUUGGUCUCUUGAAGGUGCUCUAAAGUUCAAAAACUUGUUAGGCUAUGGUGAUCUAUGGGAUGGUUCUGUAGCAUAUGGUCCCAAUCAAACUUCAGAGGUGAGUGUUGGGGUGUUUGUGCCUCGAUUGAAAGGAUUAUUAACCCCUGUUGUGGCACGAGCAUUCAUGCAUUCCCAAGAUUGGCAACAGUAUUCUUCGUACAAGGAGCGGUCAUCUGGCAUGUCUCUUGGCUUAUUAUCAACAAAGCACCAUGAUUUGGUGUACAAUCUUGGAUGGCGUACCAUAACAGAUCCAUCACAAAUGUCGUCCAGAUCUAUUAGGAGGCAGAUUGGACACGGUUUAUUGUCAUCUUUGAAGUAUACAUUUAAGAUUGACCAGAGGAACUCACCAGUUAGGCCUACAAAAGGAUAUGCUUUUCUUUCUACAACUCAAUUAGGUGGCCUUGCACCAGAUCACAGGAGCUUGCGGUUUCUGCGUCAGGAGCUUGAUGUUCGAUAUGCCAUUCCUUUUGGGUUUUUCCAUACUGCGCUCAACCUUGGGAUUUCUGCUGGUGUCAUUUUUCCAUGGGGCCAUGGGUUCUUGAACAAGCCUUCUCCCCUGCCAGAGAGGUUUUACUUGGGUGGUGAUUUCUCUCCAGUUUGUACCCUAGGAGGGCCAACAACAUUAUGGGGAUUCAGGACAAGGGCAUUAGGUCCUACUGAACCACGAAGACAAAGUAAAGAUGGAAAAAAUGAUGACAAUGUCGAUUCCUCUAGAAGGGACUUCGUUGGAGGAGAUCUUGCUGUUACUGCUUUUGCAGAUCUCUCUUUUGAUCUUCCUGUCGGCUGGUUAAGAGAACGUGGGAUCCAUGGACAUGUUUUUGCUGGUGCUGGGAAUAUUGCCAAGUUAGCUGAGUAUGAGUACAGGAAGUUCUCUCCUAAAAAAUUUUUGGAUUCAUUUCGAACGUCCGUGGGAUGCGGAAUUGUUAUUCCAACUAAAGUUUUUCGCCUAGAGGGUAAUUUCUACUACAUACUCAGGCAGCAUGAGCAUGAUCUUGGAAAGACUGGUUUUAGGUUUAGCUUCUCGGUUCCUUCAUAGAGGCUUACAGUUCAGUUGGUACUGAUUCGGCAAUCUGGGUAUCACACACAGCACAAUAAGGCAAUUGGACUUACAUUUUUGGGGUUUGCUUUGGAGCUUUUUUGGGCUCUGUCCCCGGAUUAUCUUUCUUUUCAGAUUGAAAUUUUAGAAGGAGCAUUGUUUCGUGAUUCAUCGCCCUUCAAGUCCUUUUAUCAAUAGGUGAUAUGCUUAUGGCGUAUCAGAAUUCUAUGGGAGUCAUAUCUCACACACCCUUGUACCGCUGCAAAAUAAGGCCUUGAUUAGUACAGAGAAUUCGCGAACUCUGAUUCGUGAGCUUAAAUUUCAAGUGACCCCCAUUCCCUUUGAAUUGGUUCAGAUCACUAUGUCAAAAUAGAAGCCGGAAAAAUUUUGUAAUGGCGGUUUCAUUGUAAAACCAAAACUUGAGGACCCAGUUUGGCACUGUUAGGAUACGUACAAUUAUCAAAUGAAUGACGAAUGGUCAAUGGAUAGGUGGUUUU